AUGGGUGGAGCCCCGCACGAGCGAUUCUACUUUGGGUCAGAUGCUACAUGGCUGAUUCACGCGGCGUUUGAGAUACAGCCGAUCCUUAAUUUCCACGUUUCUGACUGGUCACCGGGGGACAGCCAGUCCACGGGGCCGGAACAGUAUACCAAGCUCAAUGGUUUGUCCCUGGACCAGCCAUAUGCUAAGCCACUCCGUCAUCUCUCCGAUGUAGUAUAUACUCCGCGGAAUCUGCAAGUCAUUCACCAUUUAUCAGCUGGCAAUGCACUUCAGGUGCAACGGCGGGCGACGUAUUCUGGAGGAUGGACCGGAGCAUGA